CAACACGAUGAAGACACUAGUAGUGGUAUCAGCUCUGGUAUCUUUAGCCAUCGCGGCUCCUACGCUGCCUGAAGAUGGCACUGAGAGCAUGGAUACUACUCUAAACGGGGCCCUUCAAGCACAAACAAGUUUAAUUGACGAUCUAACUAAAGAAAGGACCCCAUCCGAAAUCGCACCCACCACACAUCUGCACAACGGAGCCCCAAACACCGACUUUCAAAACGUGCAGUUAACUAACGAUGGUCUAUCGAUGCCCAUGGCAAGAAGUUUCCUUUUGAAGAAGCCAUUGAUUGUGAAGAAAAAAUAUGAAUAUAAACUAUUUCGUGAUUCUGAGGAAGAAAAAGCGCAGGCUGACUCCGACGAGACAUGCGGAACACAAGUCAAGGUGAAAUUAUGCAACGAAAAUGAAAAAUACAGAGCUACGAUGGGAUCUACUGAAGGAAAUGUCGAAGUUCAUUCAUCGGAUGAUGACGUGAAACACAGCAUUAAGAUGGCGAAGGAAGCUGUAGAAAAUUUGCAAAGAGAUCUGAAGAAAAUGGAGAUGAAGACUGAAAUGAAAACUGCUCAUAAUUCUCAAUCUGACAUAGAACUUCAUGAAGAUAUUGAAGUAGCUAGACAAGCCCUGAAACACAUUCACGAUAACUUUGAAAACUUAGACACCAUGAGUUUGCGUGCAACGACAACAAGGAACUCAGAAGAUAUGCAUGAUGUCCAUCUUACUAUUGCAAAAACGGAAGAAGAGCGAAUGGCUCAAUGGAAAGAAGCCCUUGAAAACAUUCAAAAGAAUGUUGAAAUAGCUAGAAAUAUUGAGGACAGUUUUAAAACUGCUAACCACCAGGAAAACCUGGUACACUUAGACCAAUCAAAUGCUGCCCCUACAAUAAACUUCAAGAUGGGAGAAACCGCACUUUUACCUGAAACCGAUAAAUUACGUCUUACAAAUGAUGAAAAUUUAGAAGUUCAUAAUCAGGAAAGAACAACACAGGAGAAACAAACAUUGGAAAAUACAAUGACUGAACAAAUUGCAAGGAUGACACAAAACGCUGAUGAUGAUAUGAAUUUCUCCCCGUCAGAAAUGAUCGAAGUUCAUUUAGAUAACAAAAAACAUCACGAAUCUCUAAAAAGCGAGAGUCAUAAAAUUACUGAAAACGCAAAAAGUGCUGAAUUGGAAUUAGAAGAUCCUAAAACGGUUGUCGAGAAUAACAAUUUAAUGAAUUUGCAACAGAUAGAAGACCACCCCAUCCAGGAAAAAAGUGCUGAACUUAAUAUGGAAACAUUAGAAAGUCUUCCUACUGAUUUUGUCAGUGAUGAUGACAAUACGAAACCUCUGACUUUAGUCCCAGUCACUGAACAGCAAAGAACCGUAGGACUGAACGAAAAUGUCACUGAGAUUCAAAAUCAGCAAGGGAAUCUACAAAAAACGGAUUCUGUGGAUAUCAGCGAAUUUAUUCUAAGAUCAGCACUCAACACCGAUGAACCAAAGAUGAUUAAGGAAGAUAUUCACAGCGAACACGUAGUGGCUAAGGACGCUGAGGAUUUAAAUCCUGAACAGAAAGAAUUGAAUGAAACUUGGGAUUUGAAAUCAAAGGAAGCUCUUCCCAUUCCUUUCAAUGAAAUUAAACAUUUUGAUACCAUCCCCAAAUCUACGGAGACCUUGGAAAACACUCAUUUUCUAAUGAGAGACAAUGAACAUGCUGAUCGCGAAAAGUUUAUUCAAGAUCAGCUAAGGCAACAGUGGAUGCAACGUGAGGAAUUGAAUCAGAUGGAGGCUUUACAUGCAAUGAGAGCAGCAGCUGCAGACGAUCAUCGUCUACAAAACCAGAAGACUAUCGUUUGGCCUCAGAGACACAGAAAUGUUGAACAUCUGCCUUCAAUGAAAGCUGCUGAAGAUUUUGAUCAAUUUGAGAAUACUCACCUAGAACAAGAACAAGGUUUCAUCCCCGAGAGUACUAUGGACCACUUUAGAAACUCUUACUUGCCAGAACAUAGCCACAUGCCAAGCAAGAUGGGUAGCUCUCAUAUCUCUGAUUUGAGUCAUAGUCACCACCAUUCUCAUUUCCCUGCAAGAUAUCACCAGAACUCAAUGGCUCACCAACAUAUGCACGAGAUGACCGGUAUGGGUAGCGCUAUGCAUCCUCAUUUCCUUCCUCAUAUGAGAGACGCUAUGGAAGGUUUUGAAUCAGAACACACAUUCCACUGGCAGCCUACCCAUGAAUCUGCUAGAACAGCUUACGGACCUGGUUUAUCAAGUUCGAUAAGUCCAUCUGGCGCCGUUGGUGUUUUCCCUAAUGCAAACGUUGGAGGUUGUGGUAUUCCUCUGCUAUUGAGUUGCUCGCCUUCCGUGGUGUCAGGCAGCUUGGCGAAGGCCCAUUCGGCUGGCCCUUCAUCCUACAGCGCCCCGUCCUACAGAACGGAAGAUGACUUCAACUUCCUCACCAAACGUGGUAUCAACAUGAACGACAUGAGGACCACCAACACCAUGAGAAAAAUGACUACUACUUUAAAACAGAACACUCCCAUGACCUUAGAAAACAAAGCGUAAAGUAACUUUAACUUGUAUCAUAUCGACCAUUGACUACUGAGCUUUUUUAUACUUAUUUAUUUUUAAUUUAAUUUUGUAAACAUGUUUUGUAAAACAUCACAAAAAUAA